AUGCCUUCAAACUGUUUCAUUCAUUUGGUUGUCGCUCUCUCCACGGUCCAUGUCAUCCACGGUUACGUUCACGGUGUCCGCUACACGGUAACCAACAACGCAUCGGGAUCAGCGGGCGGCUCCAUCUUUGACAGCCGCGUUGGCGCGCCAUACACCAAGCAGGCCAUGUCACGCGCCACGCGGUUCAUAUGGAAGACGUUCCGCCAGCAAAAUGAUGCCACGCAGAGGAAACACGUCACCAACAUCGACUUCUUCCUCGACUUUAUGGAAGAUGGCAUAGCCUACAGCAGCGACAACGACAUCCACCUCAGCGCCAGUUAUCUGGGGACCGCCACGUCAGCACCGCCGAGGGUUCUAGUUGCGUCGGAGAUUUAUCACGAGAUGACGCACGUGUGGCAGUGGAACGGGGGUGGGAAAGCACCGUCGGGAUUGAUUGAAGGGAUUGCGGAUUUCGUAAGGAAGAAGGCUGGUUACGAGUCACCGUCUGGACCGAUUCGGUUAGGUGAAGGGGACAAAUGGGAUCAAGGGUAUGGGGUUACGGCCGGGUUUCUUGGGUAUUGCGAUGGUUUGAAACGUGGGUUCGAGGGUAAGUUGAACAAGAAGAUGAGGGUUGGAUACAGUGAGACGUACUUUCGGGAUUUGCUGGGGAAGGACGUGGAUGGUCUUUGGAGAGAUUACAAGGCUAAGUACCAAAGCUAG